GGUCUUCGCUAGUGUACAGAGUGCGUUCGUCCUGGCAUGUCUUCCGGGAGACUUUAACGUUCGACAUCUUACAAAGGAUCCUCUGGAACCACCUUAUUGAGGAGGAUCGAAAACAGUAUCAGGGAAAAGCAAGGUCGUGAUGGGUUUUUGGGUAUUAUUAGCAUUGGGGAGCCUCCUGGUAGCUAAAGCAGCUGAAGCACAAUGUCCGUGGGACCAACAAGUUACAGAACUCCAAUCAUCAUGUAUCUGUGCGUACAACCUCCUUCAACAGCUGUCGGUACAGUGCGACAUGGUGGAUUUUGGUCAGCUCCUUCGGGCACUUGACAAGUACAGUCGAGCAACCUCUAUUGAUCUUCUAUAUGUAAACAAUAGUACAAUAAAGAGUCUCAAUUCAGGAGCAUUUAAAAAUUUAAAACUAACUAACUUACAGUUAUCAAGCUGCAGAAUCCGAACUAUAUCUUCCAGUGCUUUUGAAGGCCUCCAUUCUACACUCAAAAAUCUUUAUCUUCAGGACAAUGAAAUAGAAGAGGUUCCAGUUGAGAGUAUUAGGUUAUUAAGAAAUUUAACAACAUUGGAUCUCUCAAAAAACAGGAUUUCCCGAGUAGGAGAUAAUUCAUUUGUAACAUUAAUCAACUUGGCAACUUUAAAACUCUCAGAUAACAACCUGACAAUCAGUAGAAAUGCUUUCAAUGGACUUGAAUCUUCUCUGAAGAAUUUAAAUCUUAAAGGAACAAGACAAAAAAAAGUUCCUGAAGCAGUGCGAGGACUAAAAACUCUUGCAUUUCUUGACCUAGCACAAAAUGGACUCCGAGAUCUCCCUGGUCCAGGAGCAGCUGCAAUAUUUGAAGGUCUUCACUCUUUGACAGCUCUAAAUUUAGAGCGUAAUGUCAUUCAGAGUGUUGGGGAUGAAACAUUUCAAGCUAUCAGUGAUACCCUAAGCUCACUCAGCCUUCUCAACAACUUGUUAACUGAAUUCCCCACUGGAGCACUACGUCCUUUAGCUGAACUGAGGGUACUUGACAUUGGUUUCAAUCUCUUGACGGAACUUCCUACAGACGCAUUUUCGGGAAAUCCUUCACUAACACUGCUUGCCCUCGAUGGGAACCCCUUGUCAACUGUACCUGCUGCUGCCAUUGCUCAUUUAAACACAACAUUAAGAGGGCUAAGUCUUGGAGGAAGAUUUCUCCAUUGUGACUGUAGACUAAAAUGGGUAGCUCAGUGGAUUCGAAGAGGAGAUCUACAAGUAACAUCGAGGGAAAGAAAUCCUCAAUUUUGUGGUUCACCUCCUCGAUUCACUGAAAGAAACUUUUACAGCAUAGAGCCAGAUGAAUUAGUAUGUACAACUAACAAACAAGGAAUAGCCACACCAGUUAUUGAAGAACUCAUUGAAGAAGAAGAGAAUGUCCCAGAAAUAGGAGUAGGAGUAGCAUAUGUAGAACCUCCAGUUUCCAGUACAAGUACCCAGCCAACAACAACUUCUACCACAACAAGCACAACGCCCUCGACAACUACAACUUCCUCGACAACCACCACAACAACCACUACAACGACAACAACAGAAAAACCUAGUACAACAACAAAACCACCCACUAAACACACAACCUUCAAACCAGAAACAACAACAAACCGAAAAGGUAGUGUUGUAUUGUCACGAAGUACUCCUUGGCCACAGCAGAGACCACCACUAGUGUUGGGUCAUCAUCCAAGAAGUCAGCAGGAUGUGAUAGUGAGAUCAGCUCACAGACAGGAUAGUUCAGUUAUUAUUCAAUGGGAUUCAGAAACUGCUAAUAUUCUUGGAUUCAGAGUAGUGUACAGGCUGUUUGGGGACAAGAGCUUCAAACAAGGGCCACCACUUGAAGCAAGUGAAAGAGAGUUUAAGAUCAAGAAUGUUCCAUCUCAGGAGUGCAUAAUAGUUUGCGUCAUCUCUUUGGAAGAAAUCAACGUAACACCUGAAACAGUGCCAUACAACCAAUGCCGAGAGGUCAGGACGGUAGUGUCAUCAACAAACAACAUGGAUAAGAUAACUAUAGCUGCAAGCGCAGCCAUCUGUGGGACUGUCGUGAUUGCUGUCAUAAUAUUUGUGGCUGCCAGCAGGAGACGUUCUCGCAAGCUUCAUACUCUUGAAGGACAUUCCGGAAAGAUGGGAUUGCCAGUGGGAGGUUUGCCAGUGGCUUGCUGUCCAGCGUCCAGUCCAGGACCUCUUUCAUCACUGGCCACACUCAACGCAUUCACAUCACACAAGGACUGGGAUCAAGUUUCUGUUUACAGUAAUCGAAGUCUCAGUCGUCCCAAUAGGCUUUACCACAUGGAACGACAAGGAUCAAUGACGAGGGGAUGUGUAGGGGAUGAUAUCAGAUACAAUGGAAAAAGUACAAAAACAAGAUCCGUAGCUGAUGGUCAAUCUCAACACAGUUUUUCCAACAACUCCGGCAGAUUCAUUAAUAGUAAUGCUUUCUCUUCUGGCUUAGUCAGCUCAAGACCAGAAUUAAGGCAGUCACGCCAGUCUCUAGCAGUAUCAGAACGGAUGUCCAGAGUAAGCUACCCGACAGGCCGAAGGCGAUCGAGGGGCAGAGAGCAUGGUCGACCAGGUUCCAGAUACUCCACAGCUGGCUCAACACAUACCCUCAACUAUUGCGGAGACACUUCAGAUAACUGGACAGAUCAUGACAUGGACAUCUAUAUGGCCCGUAAUCCUACCACCAGGGGUGGCCUUGUACCUCUCUAGUCUCAACAAUAAUACUUCAGUACUUGAGUAAUUUCAGAAAAACUUUGAAAUUUUGGGUGAUGCAAUAUAAUGCAUUAAGUAGCAAACUGAAUUAUAGAUGGCAUGAAAUCCAUCGUGAAUUCAGGAAAAAUUAUGCUGUCUCACCCAUUUUUUCAAAAAUAUUUAUGAAAGCUAUGCUUUCAGAAUAAAUAAAUAGUAAUCCUUAAUAACAUUUUUUUAUAUUUGCUUGUAAAAUGUUAUUGUAAGAUGUACUGACUACAUUGUAUAUAUGUUUAUUAUCAUUUAGAAUAAUUUAUUGUACAAUAAAAGUAUUAAUAUUAUAAAUAAGCAAAAAAAACUAUUAAAAAGCUGCAAAAAAGCAUAUAUUAUGAAUUGCUUUUUAUAUGUUCUGUCACUACUUAUAGAAGAUCCUUAAAUAUAAUUCAGAAUUUUUUGUAAAUUCAAAGAUUAUUUGGCAAAGUGAUAAUAAAAUUCAAUUAAUAUUUUAUUCAGGAAGAUAAUGAUCAUAACAACUUUUCUAGAUUAUAAAUAGUUUAUUAGAUAAACAUCAUUUUCUCCUUGAAUGAAGCAUUGCACAUUAUUAUACACUCAUGUAUAUUCAAUGUAUAUAUAUACAAAUGUAAAUUGCUUUAAAAAACUUAAUAAGUUGAUAUAAGUGUUAAGAAGCUCAAAUAUACCACAAUGUUUUGUGUACUUGAAUAAUGACAUCAAAAUUAUAGUUUAUUCUUUGAUUUCACUUUGCUAAUUUAUUCAAAGUAAUUAUAAGCCAAAAUAUUGUAAUAUAUGUACAAAAGCGAUAGGUAGAUACCAAAGAAUAAUACAGAAAAAAAUCUGAACUGCUUCAUUUAUUAGUUAAAAUAUUUUAGUUUCAAUCCUUCAAAACUUGAAUAAUUAAUGUAUUUUAUCUAAAUUUUAAUAACAUAAUACAAAAGGUUAAAUCUAUUAGAUUAAUUUAUUAUAAUGUAGUUAAUUUCAAACCAAAAAAUCAAUUCACUAGUUAAUUGAAUGAGGAAAUAAAGAAUACAUAACUACAAGAUACCAGAGUCUCGUCUGCACAUAAUACAUGUAGUAUCUAAAUGAAGCAGGAGAUUUAAACAAAACGUUCAAAAAGGUUUAACUGAUUAUAAUUAAUAAUUACAAUCAGUAUCAAAAAAGAAUACUUUAAAAAAUUAUUAAUUGAAAAAAAAAUUAUGAUUGAUUAUUAUGUACUUUAUUGUGUUCAGUAAAUAUUUAAAAAAAAUAUAUGUAUACUAAAUAAAAAAUUUUAUACUUUAAGAGCUUGAAAUUGUGAAUAUUAAUGCAGCACCCACUAAAAUUAAUCUGUAGCUCAACAUUCUCAGAAAAUAUACAAGUUUAGUGCAGUGUAUUUAGGCAUGAAAAUUCAAAAAUGAAGAAACCUCAUGACAAUAUAUUGAUUUUUAGUAGGGAUGAAAAAUGGUCAGGAUGUGCAGUCAAAAAUUAGGUUUAUUGAGUUUGCUGACAUUUUAACCCAAACCUGUGGGUCAUCAGGACUACAAAUUAAAAAAUACCAAAUUACAUAUUUAUUGAAUUAUUUAAUUUAGGCUGAUUCUUUGGUUUAUUUUUUGUAUCCUUAUCUUUUUCAUUUAUUUAUAAAACAAAAACAUUUUCUAAGCAUAUUUUAAUGUUUUUAUUAUUGUUAUGUUGGUAUAGCUGUUAUCUGAUUUGUAUGUUCUACACCUUCUUCUCUUAUUUACAUACUUUUAUAUUUAUCAUUUUUUGUAUUUUUUAAUUUUUAGCCCUAAUGGUGGACCACAAGUUUGGGUCAACUACUUGGGCAAACUACAUAAUUUUUUACUGCACAUCCUGAACAUUUAUCAUCCUGACAAUUUCAACAGUCAAUUAUAAGCCAUCUCUGGAUUAUUAAUACUUUAUUUAUUUUUUUCUUGAGUUUUUAACACAAAGAAGACAAAUCUUUAUCCAUUAAAAGUUUUUCUUUUUUAGUAAAACAACUCAUUUUAUAUUUUAAAAAUGCAAUAAAAAGAAUGACCAAUUUUAAUGAAAAGCGUAAUUCUUUGAACAAACACAUGUAUAAAUAUUU